AUGCCUGUUACCGCCAUCACCUCGUUCAAACAGUUCAAAGAACUCAUUGACGGUGAUAAGCCUGUUAUAAUCGACUUCUGGGCAACAUGGUGUGGACCUUGCCGAGCUAUUUCACCCAUCUUCGAGCAGCUGUCGGAUAAUCCCGACUUUGGCGAUGUCGGAUUCUACAAAGUUGAUGUCGACGAACAAGAGCAGAUUUCUCAAGAGGUCGGCAUCCGUGCAAUGCCAACCUUUGUUCUCUUUAAAAACGGGGACAAGGUUGGUGAACUUAUGGGAGCCGUUCCACAACGUCUGCAAGCCCUUCUUGACACGGCACGCUCUCUAGCAUGA